GCUGCGCCCGCUGUGCUCCGCGGGCUUCCACAGCUCUGGACGCUGGCCGGGCUGCGGUCCCCGCGCGCCCUCGCCGCCUCCUCUCAAGCGGGCUUGGCCCACAGCGGCCGGCGGUCGGGGAGAUGUGAGCCGGGGCCGGCAGGCGCGACCGGACCGUCGCGAUGUGGCUCAAGCCCGAGGAGGUGCUGCUGAAGAACGCGCUGAAGCUCUGGGUGACCCAGAAGAGCAGCUGCUACUUCAUCCUGCAGCGGCGCCGCGGGCACGGCGAGGGGGGCGGCCGCCUCACCGGUCGCCUGGUCGGCGCUCUGGAUGCAGUGUUGGAUUCCAAUGCACGAGUCGCCCCAUUCCGAAUUCUGCUUCAAGUUCCCGGCUCCCAGGUUUAUUCUCCCAUAGCAUGUGGUGAGUUACUGAAUGGAUCAGACGUUUACUGGGCCAUAGCCACUGGUGCAACAUUAGAGGAAAUAAACCAGCACUGGGACUGGCUGGAGCAAAAUCUCCUCCACACCUUGUCCGUCUUUGAUAAUAAAGAUGACAUUGCCAGUUUUGUCAAAGGGAAGGUAAAGGCUCUGAUAGCCGAGGAGACCAGCAGCAGGCUCGCCGAGCAGGAAGAAGAACCCGAGAAGUUCCGAGAAGCCCUGGUGAAGUUCGAGGCCAGGUUCAACUUCCCUGAGGCGGAGAAGCUGGUCACCUACUACUCCUGCUGCUGUUGGAAGGGCAGGGUGCCCCGCCAGGGCUGGCUGUACCUCAGCAUCAACCAUCUCUGCUUCUACUCCUUCUUCCUGGGCAAGGAACUUAAACUUGUAGUUCCGUGGGUUGAUAUCCAGAAAUUAGAAAGAACGUCCAAUGUCUUUCUGACGGAUACCAUCCGAAUCACCACACAGAAUAAGGAGCGCGACUUCUCCAUGUUCCUGAACCUGGAUGAAGUGUUUAAGGUCAUGGAGCAGCUGGCCGACGUGACGCUGCGAAGGCUGCUGGAUAAUGAGGUCUUUGACCUCGACCCUGAUCUGCAGGAGCCGAGCCAGAUCACCAAGAGGGACCUGGAAGCCAGAGCACAGAAUGAGUUCUUCCGGGCUUUCUUCAGGUUGCCCAGGAAGGAGAAGCUGCAUGAGGUCGUGGACUGCUCGCUCUGGACGCCGUUCAGUCGCUGUCACACCGCAGGGCGGAUGUUCACCUCUGACAGCUACAUCUGCUUUGCCAGCAGAGAAGAUGGCUGCUGUAAGGUCGUCCUGCCACUCAGAGAGGUGGUGAGCAUUGAGAAGAUGGAGGACACGAGCCUGCUGCCGCACCCCAUCAUCGUCAGCAUCAGAAGCAAGGUGGCCUUCCAGUUCAUCGAGCUCCGGGACCGAGACAGCCUGGUGGAGGCGCUGCUCGUGAGGCUGAAGCAGGUCCAUGCGAACCACCCCGUGCACUACAAUACCUCUGCAGAUGAUGACAUGGCUUCACCUGUGUUUCAUUCAACAAGCAUGUGCAGUGACCACAGGUUUGGGGAUCUUGAAAUGGUAUCUUCUCAAAAUAGCGAGGAGAGUGAAAAAGAGAAGAGCCCGCUGCUGCACCCCGACGCCCUCUUCACCGCCUUCCAGCAGUCAGGCAGCCAGAGCCCUGACUCCCGAAUGUCCAGAGAACAGAUAAAAAUAAGCCUGUGGAAUGACCACUUUGUGGAAUAUGGCAGAACCGUGUGUAUGUUUCGCACAGAGAAGAUUCGGAAGCUUGUAGCCAUGGGCAUCCCUGAGUCUUUGCGUGGGAGACUCUGGCUUCUCUUCUCAGAUGCUGUGACGGAUCUUGUUUCACACCCUGGUUACUACGGGAAUCUGGUGGAGGAGUCCCUGGGGAAGUGCUGCCUGGUAACUGAGGAGAUAGAGCGAGACCUGCAUCGCUCCCUGCCAGAACACCCUGCCUUCCAGAAUGAAACAGGAAUUGCUGCUUUGAGGAGAGUCUUGACGGCCUAUGCCCACCGGAACCCCAGGAUUGGAUACUGCCAGUCCAUGAACAUCCUGACCUCCGUGCUGCUGCUGUAUGCCAAGGAGGAGGAAGCCUUCUGGCUGCUGGUUGCCGUGUGUGAGCGGAUGCUGCCCGAUUACUUCAACCACCGAGUGAUCGGGGCGCAAGUGGACCAGUCUGUCUUCGAGGAGCUCAUCAAGGGUCACCUCCCGGAGCUGGCGGAGCACAUGAAUGACCUCUCAGCCCUGGCGUCCAUCUCUCUCUCUUGGUUCCUGACCCUAUUCCUCAGCAUCAUGCCUCUAGAGAGUGCAGUGAAUGUGGUAGAUUGCUUCUUCUACGACGGCAUCAAAGCCAUCUUCCAGCUGGGACUGGCUGUACUUGAGGCCAACGCCGAGGACCUGUGCAGCAGCAAGGAUGAUGGCCAGGCCUUGAUGAUCCUCAGCAGGUUUCUAGAUCACAUUAAGAACGAGGACAGCCCAGGGCCCCCAGUUGGCAGCCACCAUACCUUUUUCUCCGAUGACCAGGAGCCCUACCCUGUGACUGACAUUGCGGACCUGAUCCGGGAUUCCUAUGAGAAAUUUGGAGACCAGUCUGUGGAGCAGAUCGAGCACCUGCGCUACAAGCACAGGAUCAGGGUCCUUCAAGGCCACGAGGACACCACAAAGCAGAAUGUGCUUCGAGUCGUUAUCCCGGAAGUCUCAAUUCUUCCUGAGGACCUGGAGGAGCUCUAUGACUUAUUCAAGAGAGAACACAUGAUGAGCUGUUACUGGGAGCAGCCCAGGCCUGUGGCCCCACGCCAUGACCCCAGCCGGCCCUAUGCCGAGCAGUACCGCAUAGACGCCCGGCAGUUUGCGCACCUGUUUCAGCUAGUCUCACCCUGGACUUGUGGGGCCCACACGGAGAUCCUUGCUGAAAGGACGUUCAGGCUCUUGGAUGACAACAUGGACCAACUCAUCGAAUUCAAAGCGUUUGUGAGCUGCCUUGAUAUUAUGUAUAAUGGAGAAAUGAAUGAGAAAAUUAAACUAUUAUACAGGCUUCAUAUCCCUCCAGCACUCACUGAAAAUGACCGAGACAGCCAGUCGCCAUUAAAGAAUCCCCUGUUGUCAACAUCAAGACCCCUGGUUUUCGGGAAACCCAAUGGUGGUGCAGUUGAUUAUCAGAAACAGUUGAAGCAGAUGAUUAAGGAUUUAACCAAAGAAAAAGAUAAGACUGAGAAGGAAUUGCCCAAAAUGAGCCAGAGAGAAUUUAUCCAGUUCUGUAAAACGCUGUACAGCAUGUUCCAUGAAGAUCCAGAAGAAAAUGACUUGUACCAAGCCAUCGCCACAGUCACCACACUGCUGCUACAGAUCGGGGAGGUGGGGCAGCGAAGCAGCAGCUCUGGAAGCUGCUCCCAGGAGAGUGGGGAGGAGCUGCGGGCCUCAGCUCCUUCUCCCGAGCAGGACUCUGUUUUUUCGGACACUGGGAAGACUCCCCAGGAGUUUCCAGAGGAGGCAGAAGGGGACUGGACUGUCUCCCUUGAACAUAUUUUAGCUUCUCUUCUGACUGAACAGUCAUUAGUAAACUUUUUUGAAAAGCCACUAGACAUGAAAUCCAAACUUGAAAAUGCCAAGAUCAAUCAGUAUAAUCUCAAAACUCUUGAAAUGAGCCAAUCACAGUCUGAACUUAAGCUGAGUAACUUGUAACAAGACAGCUGCUAUGCACACUGGAGUUGGCCAUACCAAAGCACAGACCAGACUGUUUCUUGCGGUCAGCCCUAAACCCAGAUUUCAGUCUACUUUACAAAUGGGGCAUCUGGAUAAACAACCUGACAAACUGGCCAGGGGAACCGACACAAUCCUCAAGCAUUUCUAUGUAUUCUUUGAUUGUCAGUGCGCUAGGGUACCCAUCAGUUCCCUUGAUGCUUAGUUUUUGCCAGAUUUGCUGAAAUGGGCACUUCUGUGAUACUAGUGUGAUUUUGCGCUCAGAUGUACACAAUUCAUGUGUCAUACUAACCAAGAAGCAAGAAAAGCCCCAUGCUUUCAUUUUUCACUUGGAAUAACAAUAGGAGAGGUCAAGAAUCAAGUUCACCUUCAAGAUCUAAGGGAGUCCACUAUCUGUGCAAUUGUAUUUGGCUUUUUUUGCACUAAUUGUUUCAAUGCUGGUAAUUGAAACCAUUUUAAUAUAUUUGGUUUAUUCACUUUAUAUGUCCUUCCAAAAAUGUUGUGUACAAACCAUGCUUUCAAUGUUGGCUUCCAAGUUUUUAAUAAGAAACUUUUUGUAUUUA